AGCUGAAAGACUCGUUGCCAAUGUUCGAAAUAAAUAAUUAAAUAAAAAGGUGAUGUCAAACCUCAAAAUCAUAAAAUUUGAUUUACAAAAUGAAAUUUACAGAAGUCCGAAGUUAGGAACAACAAGACGUUCAAUAAUAUUUUGUGUUUAUAAACUUGUUUUCGACUUAUUUUAAAAUCAAGAUUAUGUUGUUUAAUAGUAAAAUACUAUGUAUUAAAUAAUUAUUUCUACAAAGUGCAAUUUUAUUAAUAUUUCUGAUUAAUUAAAGAUGUGGGUGAAACCUCAAGAAGUUAUCGUAAAGAGUGCAUUAUGGGAUACUGAUGAAACAUCGCUAUAUUUUGUUCUUCAACGAAGAAAAGGACAUGGAAAAUCAAAGAGUCUAUCAUCUCUUUUAGUCGGCACAUUCGAUAGCAUAAGAGAUUCUAAGCCAGCGCCUUUUAGAAUAUUGCACCAAACCCCAAAUUCGGAAAUUUAUUAUGUAAUUGCCACGGCUCUAACGGAACAAGAAAUAAAGCAAGAUUGGGUAUGGUUGUUCGAAAAUGUGAGCCCAACUCUACAUUCUUUUGAUAAAGAGGAAGAAGUAACUGAGUUUGUUCUAUGUAAAAUUAAUUCAGUGAUUGCGACAGCACAAGAUAUAUUUACAGAAGAUGAGGACACAAUAACCUACAAUAAUGUCGAUUAUGAAUUUCACCAAAGAUUUAAUUUGCCAAAGGAUGAGAAACUGGUUUGCUAUUACUCAUGCAGUUACUGGAAAGGAAGGAUGCUACGUCAGGGUUGGAUGUAUCUGUCUGUGCAUUACAUGUGUUUCUACUCUUAUAUAUUUGGACGUAAAGUUGAUGUUAAGUUACGAUGGGCUGACGUCACAGAUCUCUCAAUAUCAAACAGCCUGCUAUUUGCGGAUUCAAUAAAAAUUGUAACUCGAGAUGAGGAGCAUUACUUUACAAUGUUUGCAAAAAAAUAUGAAGUAUUUGCUCUUAUGCAGCAGUUGGCCAAUAUUGCCAUGAAACAGUUGAUCGAUGACAAAUCUGGUUUCAAUAUAGAUAAGGAUUUGUUAACAAAACUGAGCAAGAAUGUUCCGAAGAAAUCCUUUCUGAAAAGGGAUUUGGACGCAAGAAAACAAUCUAGUUUGUAUACUCUGAGGUUUCGAUUGCCGCAAAAUGAGAAACUCGAUGGUACAGAGGAGUGUACAUUGUGGACUCCAUACAAUAAGAAACAUGUGUCGGGAAGAUUGUAUUUAUCACAGAACUUCAUUUGUUUUGAUAGUCGGGUGAAGAACCUUGUCCGCCUGACCAUACCACUGAGGAACGUUCACCAAGUAGAACGAGCUGAUUCAGGUGGAACAGGAAGCUCAGGUGAUUCAGGCAGCAUCCUCAUCACAACAUCACACCACACAAGUUUUCUGUUUGGUAACAUUUCCGACAGGGAUUUUCUUGUGCUCAAGAUAUCUGAGUUACUGGCGAAGCUUCCCAGUGAUAUGUAUAGGGAGAAGGCAACCCGAACAGUGGGGGAAGUGAAGACGGAGGAACCCUCGUGGACACCACAACCGCCGCUGAUGACACUGUUCAAGACUCACCAGACCUCAACAAUCAAGCAGAUCCAGGAGAAGAAAGAGAAACAAUGGGAGGACCACAUGUCAGAUGUUGGCAGAGGCGUCAGUAUGUAUCGAACAACGGAGGGCAGUGAGCUGGUGGUGAAGGGUAUACCGGAGUCUCUGCGUGGAGAACUAUGGAGCGUGUUCUCUGGUUCCAUCCUUCAAAAAGUACAGAACAAAGGGCUCUAUCAGGAAUUGGUGAACGAGGCUCUGGCUUCGAAGAGUCAGACCAACGACGAGAUUGAGAGGGAUUUGCAUAGGUCUAUGCCAGAGCAUCCUGCCUUUCAGAAUGAUGUCGGUAUAUCCGCAUUACGCCGGGUACUAUGCGCAUAUGCACGUAAGAACCCAGCCAUUGGAUAUUGUCAAGGGAUGAACAUCGUGGCUUCGGCCCUACUUAUCUACUGCCCUGAGGAGCAGGCAUUUUGGUUGCUUGCAACCAUAUGUGAAACACUCCUACCGGAUUAUUAUAACACAAGGGUUGUUGGGGCUUUAGUAGACCAAGGUGUUCUCGAGGAACUAACGAAGUCUCAACUGCCAGAGCUUCACGCCAAGUUAGAUGAGCUGGGUAUGAUGAAGAUGAUCUCACUCUCCUGGUUCCUGACUCUUUUUAUAAGCGUGAUGCCGUAUGAGUGUGCCGUCAACAUAAUGGAUUGCUUUUUCUAUGAAGGCGCUAAAGUUAUAUUUCAAGUGACAUUGACAAUUCUAGAUAUUAACAAGGAGAACCUAUUGAAGAGUACAGAAGACGGUCACGCGACUCAAGUACUGACGAAGUACCUUGAUGGAAUAUACAACGACGAGGCUACGGCUUUGUCUACCGAGCCACGCGCUGCAGACAAGGUAACUCGAAUCCAAGAUCUAGUCUACCAAUCGUACCGACGGUUUGGAACCAGUGUCAGUAGCGAGACCAUAGAGCACCUGCGGCUCAAACAGAGGCUGCGCGUUGUGAGACAGCUAGAAGACAGUCUGGAGAAGAAUACCCUUCGAGCUCUGCAGCAGGACAACUUACUGAGCCCCAAUGAGUUGCAAGAAUUAUUGAGUAUAAUUCGUGAAGAACUGUUUUGGGCGAAGCGCGUUCCCUCCGAACGUAUGGAGGCGCCGGACGAAGCAUACCGGCUGGAUUAUGUUCAGUUCAAAAAUCUAUUCACGGCCUUGUCACCUUGGGCUAAGGGCGAUUACGCUGAACAAAUCUCUGUUAGGUUGUUUAAGCUGAUGGACCACGACGACGACGGGCUGGUGAGUGCCCGCGGCCUGUCGCUGGCGCUGGGCGUGAGUGCCCGCGCGGACGCCCAGUGGCGCCUGCGGCUGUUGUUCUGUGCGCACGCGCCGCCGCUACUGUCGGAGCAGGAGCUGCGGCCCGCGGACUUCACGGACACCGGCGAAGAACUUGCCGCGGAUGCUAUAUCCUUCUUUGACAGUGUUGAAAAUCCUUCGCCGGAUGCUACUCAUGGCGUGAAUCGUUCCAUUAGCGAAAUAUGUGAUGGAAGCCAAAUUGAGAAAUCUAUUGACGGUCAAGCGUGGCGCGCGUGUGACGCCGUCCGCGGCACCGCGCUGGCGGGCGCGGCCGGCCCCGCCCCCCGCGCGCCCCGCCUGCCGCGCACACACUUCCUGCGCCUGCUGUCGGCGCUGCACUCGCUCGACCACUACUCGGCGCCGCUCUACGACGCGCUGGCCGCCGCAGGGACGUUGCUGCUGCAGCUUGGAGAACUGAACGUGCGACCACGUCUGGACCGCGAGGUGUCACAGGACAGUUUGUUCUUGGCUGCUGCAGCGCAACCUCAUCCUCCUCAGUUGGAUCCGAACGGUAAUACGGUGGAGGAGAAUAUUCCUCAAGACGAGGAAGAUGGAGAGUGGUCCAUCACCCUGGAGCAGUUCUUGGCUACCAUGCUAGCCCAGCCCGCUGUCGAGGAGUUCUUCAACAAGCAGACAUCGCUGUUGCCACAGCUGGAGGCCCUGAGGCAGAGGGAUAGACUGCACUCUGUGUCGUAGAUGAGUGACUCCGUGUCGCACUGGUCAUUCGUAAGCAUGGAAAAUUUUAUCAAAGUGGCGACUAAAUUACACUUCUAUAAAAGUAUCACAUGAUUGUUUUAAUAUCUAAUAAUCAACAGUUGCAUACAACACUUUAUCUACACCUAUAAUAUGUUAUGUGGCAAUAAGCAGUUUUAGAAUAUUUAAUAGAGGAUUUAAAGCAUGUGUGUCGAUAAAGUAUAUUAAACAUUUAAUUGAUCCCUUACAGUAAUAAUUGUAUUUUAAUAACGGCGCUCAAGUCUCGUGUUAUCGCGCACGAGUAGAACGAUCAAACACAGUUUAAAAUAACAGCGACCUCCCGGAAAUGCGAUCAAGUAGUGUAUUAAGUUAUGAGAUCUAAGUUCUACAGCUAUUGUUCCUUCAAUUUCAGGGUGAAACAAAAUAUACCUUCUUCAGUAUCAACUAAGUAAAUAUAACUAAAAUCUUAACAUUUGAGUGAAUAUUUUUUAUUUCCAACAUUCCAAGCCACUUGAUAUUGUGUGAAUUUUAAUAAUUCGUAUUGUAAAUAUGUAUUAGUGUAUCAAUAUUGUUAAUUAGAUAAAUAAGUCUGCCAUAUUAUGUAUAAUAUAUUCAAUAAGUAUUGAAUAGUAGUACAAAAAUAAUUUAGGAUAUAUUACAACAAAUAAUGUUAAUGCUGCCUUUAUAAUUUUUGUCUGUACUGGGAUAUAUUUAUUAAACUUAUUAUUUCUUCACACACAACAAUUAAGCUAUCUAGUGUAAUUUAAUAUUUUAUGAAUUCGUUUUGUACAUAUGCCUAUGUAUAUAGCUGUAUGGCUUGUAUGUUAUAUUAUUAAAAAUAAUUUGAAUUUGACAUACAUUUUUUUUGUGUGAACGGAUUUAAAUAAAACACUAAUAUUUCAUUAAUCUUUUGAGUUUCCUCGAAUAUCUUAUAUGUAUAGACAUCGAGCUAUUGGUGCAAUGGUAGAAAAUUACCAAACUAAUUGAGCGAUAUAUUUUUCGUUGAACAAGUAGAAUCAUGGUUUUGUUUCCCUGUCGCUGUUUUAAUGUGGAAUAUUUACCGAUGUGACUUACUAGUACGCUCGUGGGGUGGGUACGUUAAUGACGAGGUUUUGAAGGUUUUGCGUCGUAGCGUAAGCUUUUAAGGAAAAUAUAUGUUCGUCAAAUCACUUGAAAUUAUGCAUAGAAAUACACUAUAAUAGAGUGGAUUUGAAGAUACAAUUACCUUGUAUCUAGUAGGUAUGUGUAGUGUGGUGACGUCACAGCGGUGAACGACCUCGCUCCGCGGCGCCUAGCUAAAUAUCUACUUCUAAAAUUAUACCUCGUAUGCAUACUGUAAGUUAAAUCAUCGAUUUGAUGAUAUUGUUCAUUGAUAUUUUAGAAAAAUAUCGUGAAACUCUUAGUUCCUUGGAGCCAUCCAAUGGCAGGAUAUGUGCUCCCAUUAUCCAAUUGGACGGUAAUGGGAGGAUGCUAUUGGGCAACCAACCAUCUGUGAGUAUCUUGAACGAAUGUUUGAACGAUUCGUUUGAAGUUUCAGGGUAAGAGAAUAUAAAUAAGAAUAUGAAAUGAGAAUGAACAACAAUAAGUAGAGUUUGUCGUAGGUCGUAGUUCGUAACGAAUGGUGCUUGGCUUGCAGUUGAUAUUAUAAUGAGUGAUGCUUGUAUUUUUGUUACACAUUAUUCUAACUAGAUAUCUUAUGUUACCAUAAAAAAGCUAAUUAUGUAAUAAAAUAUUUAAAUAUAAUACUAAUUGUAAUAUAAUGAACAGCAAUCUAGCUUGUAUAAAAAAAUUGUAUUUUAUAAAGAUUAAGUUCUCAGGUUUAAAAAAAUAUGACAAAAGGAGUAUACAAUAUAUUAUAUAUAACUAUAUUCCUAAUUCAUUCAUUCAUUAAAAUGAUACACGGGUAGAGCUAUCUAACGUUAAUCGUAAAAAAAUAAUUCUAAAAUUUAAAGUAAGUAAAUGUAAUUUUGGACGCGCUGUAUGAUGUGUCCGGGUAUGACUUAAUACCGUUGUUACAGGAUGGUGUUUUUCAGAUAAGUAUUUUAACUGACUUAAAAAAUGUCGGCUGUUUAAAGGGGUUGAUAAGUGAAAUUACUUGACAAGCCUUGAGAUAUCGGUGCGUCAUGACCCGACACAUUGUACACCAAACUCACAAAUCCACUAAAAACUAACGAAAAAAUAUUCUUUUAAAAAUGUUCACCGAUAAUUAUUAUCAUAUUUAUAUAAUGUAUAAAUAAUUUGUUAUUUUUGUUUGUACAGAUAAGGCUUAGUUAUAAUUUGGUUUGUAGAUAAUAUAAUAUGUAUAUUACGCUUUAAGGAAAACAAACGGACCUUAGUUUAAUUCCUGAAAUGUAUGUAGAUAGGUAUAAAUAUUUUCCCUUCGAAGUUAUAUUAUAAUCCGUAUAUUUCCAUCAUCAUGCACUGUUGUCGCUUACAUUUAACGAGUUAUCGUUGAAUUAUUGUCAUAAAAAAAAUAUUUUUAAAGUGAUAUUCCUCACUUCUGGGAAUAAUUAUACAAAUUAAAUUUGUAACCAAAAUUUAAUUCGUAUUUCCGAAAUAUUUACAUAAAUUAUUCUUAUUUAACCCUAUGAUAGUAAAUUUUUGAGCAUAAACAAACUGCUUACGUUAACUUUGAGAGCGAAAGAAAGUGAUCAAUGUUGAUUUAAUGUUCGUUAUAAUUUAUUGAAGAGUAAAUCACAUCAAAAUUACUUUUGAACGUAGGUACCUGAAGAAUUGGUUAGUUAUUUCAUUAAAUCAUCCAUAUAUUCUUACUUUUUAUAAUCUCUUACACAGAUGAAGUGUCUAUAGUUUUAUAUUAGUUUCGAAUAUUUUAUUGUUAUCCAUAAUAUCGCACAUUAUAAUAAAACUGUGCGGCCCCUGUAUCGGCCACACGUAGUUGUAAGUCUGAAUAAUAAACACAUUCAACAUUAAA